UCGUCAGAAGUUUAGCCAUCGUACGAGACGCUGAAGGCCUUUGGAAAGGUUCCCCACUGAUCAGUUCCGAGACGCAACGCUUGCUCAACGGACUUGAGCGUCUAUCCUUGAUCUGCACAACUAGACACCUGCCAAGUGGCAGUAGAAGUUGUUUCACCACCUGCAAACAUGUUCCGAUCGUCGCUCGUGGUUCUGGUGAUAGUGCUGGCCGCAGAUUUCUGCAAUGCUGCCCGCCGUGAUGCAGGAGCCCGCCUAAAGCCACAGAUCGUAGUAGUGGAGGAGUAUGAGGAGCAUUUGACGACUCUGCCACCACCACCGAAACCGUACGCUUUCACUUACUCGGCCGGACGAUCACCAGGACACGUCGACCGUACCCACAGUGAGGUGUCGGAUGGAAGUGGCGUAGUGCGCGGUUCCUUCUCGUACGUCGAUCCAAGAAAUCAGGUUCGCACCGUCGAGUAUACGGCCGAUUCGCACGGGUUCUAUCCGGUGCUGAGUCAUCUUCCCAAAACCCCUCAACAGACGGAAGCGGUCGAACUGGCGCAACAAAAACAUUAUGCACUGUACGCCAAGAUUGCGCAAGAGCAUGCCAAUGCGCACAGCGGACUGACGGUGGAACCGAAACUGCCCAAGGACACGGUUGCCGUGGCGAAAGCGAAAGAUCGCCAUCUGUCACUGUACGAGAAGAUUGCCCAGGAGCAUGCACGCAUCGCAGCGGAACAGGAAGCGCAACGGUUGGCCUUUGAAGCUACCUCGGUGAAAUAUGAGGAGGAGUGAGCGUGUAAUACGAAGCACAGGAACACUUCCCAAACAGCUGAUAAUGAAACUAAUCCUAAAUCACUAAAUUUCCCGCAAUCGAAAGCGAACAAAAUUCAAAUGUAAAUGUGAUGAUUCAUCAAUAAAUCAAUAAAUUAUAAGCAAUCAA